AUGAAGAAAAUGCCAUUUUUCUCAUUGAUAGCAUAUGAAAAUUUGGAAGCCGGCAUCUACAGAGAAAUAUCAAUAACCAAUACAAAUCCCUCUUUUUCCUUGUUCUUUGUUAGAAUCAGAUCAGAUCAGAAUGUUGCAGAUGAUGGAGGCUGCCAUGCCCUUCACUGCCAUGAUAAUGGUGGAGAGCACAGAUGUGAUCAUAUCAACACUAAUCAAAGCAGCCAUGCCAAAGGGAUGAACAACUUGGUCUUCCUCGUCUAUUCUAACGCUCUCGCCACCUUCCUUCUCCUUCCCUUUUUCCUCUUUUCUUCCAGAAACAAUCUGGGUGCACCUCUAUCUUUCUCUAUGAUCCUUGCCUUCUUUCUCCUUGGGCUUAAUGGGAGUGUGGGUGAGUUAUUGGCAAACACAGGGAUAAACUACAGCUCCCCUGUUCUUUUAUCAGCAAUGGCAAAUCUCAUCCCCAUUUUCACCUUUCUUCUUGCUGUUAUUUUCAGAAUGGAGAGGCUUGAUUUGAAGAGAAGCAGUGGGAAAGCCAAGUGUUUGGGUACCAUUAUAGCUGUGUCAGGAGCUUUCUUAAUAACUCUGUAUAAAGGGCCUGUGUUGAUCAUGUCCUCCUCCUCUCAGUCGGUGGGACAAGAAGCUGUAGCACUGUCACAGAAGCCAAACUGGGUGUUUGGUGGCUUUCUCUUUCUAAUGGUUUGUUUUCUAUCAUCAACUUGGAAGAUUGCUCAGGUAAUUCAUUCUCCAUCUUUGUUCAGGAUUGUUGGGAGGGGGGUUUGGGAAGCCCAAAACAAAGUAACGAGAGCUUAUGUUCAAAGUGGACAAUAUCAUACCAUUGUGAAGAGUCAUGAUUUCUAA